AUGGUGGAAACUAGGGCACAGGCAAAACUCAAAAACAAAACAGUCAGAACCUCGGCCAGCGGUCCAAUAACGACGGAUCGCACGGCCUUGUCCAUGGGAGAGCAAGCAGUCGUGGAAGAUCUGAUGGCAAAGCAGGCCUACAGGAUAGAAACAUCCUUUAUGGCCGUAAUGGACAGAUUCUCCUCGGAGCUACGGUCAGGAGAGGAUGUUGUUGACAUUGUCCACAACGCCUCCCAGAGCCGGACAGAGAGGCCAAGAGCGCGAGAGGUUCGAGCCCUACGGCGAAAGAAGCAACGUCGGCGUCUCUGGCCGUACCCAGGCGUCAAGUUACGGCCAGCAUUCACAGGCACCGACAAACAUGGUUAA